AUGUCUCUACUCGCCACGAAGCUACGAGCCCCGUGGCGGGCAGUGGCUGCAAUAUGCGGCGCGCAAACCCGCAACCUCAGUCGGCCACACCGGCGAGAGUCGCGAGACAAGGUGACUGAUGGUACGCGCAUGCGAGUUCUGUUCUGCGGCCGGGACGAAUUCAGUUGCGCUUCUCUUGCAGCCUUGUACUACACCAAGACGCAAGAACGACCUCACCGUGUCAUUGGCCUCCCCUACUUGUUCCACUCGAUCGAGGUGGCCUUCGAGCAGGAGACACCUCCGUACUUAGCAGACCAGUCGGCACAGGGUCCGCCGAUCAAGUUGCUGGCUUCUCAGCUGGGCUUGCGUACUCACGUUCGGUACAGGGGACAGGAACGGAACAUGCCCCCCGCGUUUGAUUUGAUCAUCGCUGCCUUCCCCUUCCGAUCAGUCCCACCCGCUCUGAUACGCGGUGCGAGGUACGGUGGACUGUAUUUGCAUCCUUCCAUGCUCCCCGAAUUCGACGGGCCAUACCCCUUUCACCACACGCUUCUCCACGACCACAUAUUGAGCACUGGUGUGACAGUGGAAGCCCUUGGGGGAGCAAAAGACGGCAACGACAAGAACACAAACGAAGAAAGCCAAUAUCUAACACAACAUGUUGCUUCCGUCCCAUCAGGUUGUAUUCCUAAACAGCUCGAACGCAUACUCGCAAUCAAAGGAGCACAGACCCUGUUGGGGGCCUUGAAGGAGCGAGCACAUGUCCCAGGCCGGCUGAGGGAACAAAACGGGCUUGAUCCAUUACUGCCGCAAGCCGUCGCGCCUGAACGAGAGAUUGUAGAGGAAUUCCUACGAUGGGAAUGGGACCGGCACCAGGCCCGUGCCAGCGGCAUUGAUGACAGGGAGCUCCCACAAGAAAUGGACAAUCUACGCAACGUGGACCGGCGGCAGCAGAUCCUCGGUCCAUUGUGGUUCAAGGUGGAGGAUUCUUCAGGAAACAUCCAGCAAAUAUUCAUUGAAGACACACAGUAUGAUCCCGGCACUCACAUUAAGCGGCAACCGUACGGCCCGGAUGAGAAGGACGGAAACUGGAAAUGGUCACACUUCUCAAGACAUCUAGAACAGCCGAAGGAAGAGGGCGACGAGGACAAACGGGAACCUCGUUUCGGGUUUUGGUGGCGGAACGGCGAUGACUCUAUCUACUUCUCCAUAGGUCCUCGAGGAAUGGGGUACGGGAAUGACUUGGGUUUCGGGAAUGACUAUCUCAGAAUACGUCGAUUGAGAGUGGAAGGAAGGGAGCCCAGCUCUGCUGUGCAAGUCAUGAGGCCUUACAUCCGAGGAGAGCCGAAGGAUAUGAGAGACUUACUCCUGGAGUCCGUGAAUAAUCUGGGAAAGACGUCAGGGGAGCCGGUCACCCCAAACGGUGCUGGCUGA